AUGCGCUUCUCAUCUCUUCUCUCCUUCGCCAUUGCGAGCGCGUCCAUCUCCGCUGCGCUGCCAACAAAUUUAACCAACUUCCUGCUCGUCACCACCUCGCAAAUAGAUGCUAGUGCGAAUACCUCCGAACUCAAAGCCGUAUCCGCCACCUCGUUAUUCGACCCCUUCCACCAACCUGCCCUUCUCCUCCGCCUCACAGGCCCCGGUUACGGUUCCCUGCCCAACUUCACCCUGGCAGACGGCACACUUUCCACCAUCGCGUUGGCGCCCUUCGGCAACACGUAUUCUCGUUUCAACAGUACGGUUGUGACAGCCGGGUCGGAGUUGCAGUUCCUCGCCUCGGUGCAGCCAGCGGGCAAUAUCGCGUUGGACGAGGGAUACCUCUUGACGGUGGAUGGCCAGAGGGAAGGCUGGACGAUAUGCGAGGGUGCGCUGAGUAAUGAGGUCUUGAGCUGGAGGGGCAAUGCGAGUGAUUGCACAAAGACAUACGUGCAUGCUGUGUUGAAAGCGCCGUACUAG